UUUCAUAUCACUUGAAUGCUUUUGUCGUCAAGAUUUCUGCGCCGUAUCCGACCGGAUAGGAUAAAUCCGCUUUAAUCCAGCUUUCGCCGAGCGGACUCCUGGGAGCGGGUCCGACGAGCCGCUUGACCUGGUGCCAGUCGAGACGGCCCCGCGACUUGGCCAACACUUUCUACCGGCGACUGGGUCGAAACGCACAUUAGCGCUACUUGCGCCGCUAAAAUCACCUCGGUAAAUUACGACGAAGCGCAAGCUCCUGUUAGUUCGUAGUGGGGUCUGUGAAUUUCAGCCCGGAGUCCGGAAUCGUCGAGGAUGCUCCAGCAGCGCCGAACCUGACGGGUGCGAUGAUCGGGAUCGGCUGGCUCCUGCUGAUCGUCGUUCUGCUCUCGCUGGGGUCUUUCUCGGUGCCGGAGUCCAGAUUCCCCAAUGCUAGGCUUGCAGAACGUCGAGACCGCGUCGCCAGAAGAAGAGCCCAUGUCAGGGAGGAGCUGAGAUCUAAAAUUUGCUUUGACCUAGUUGGAUGUUUCGACGAUCCGGCCCCUCAGCUGACUCUUCGUCGUCCACCCGAGCAUCCCAAUGUUAUCAACACCAAGUUCCUGCUCUAUACUCGAGAAAAUCGUGAAGAACCCCAGGUCUUGGAGUAUAAUGACGAGUUCAGGUCCAUCCUCGAGUCGCGAUUCAAUGUCUCCAAAAGGCUUAAAGUUAUCGUCCAUGGCUAUAAGGGCAGCGGAACCGACGAGGGAGCCAUUUUUGGCUUGCUCGCCCUUCUCGAUAAGGAAGACCUUAACGUUAUCGUGAUCGACUGGGCAAGAGGAGCUGGUACGACGUAUGGAGCGGCUGUGGCAAACACGGAGCUCGUCGGAAGACAACUCGCCCUGGUGCUCCUGAAGGCGAUCAGCCUGGGGAUGGAUCCGGCCGACGUCCACGUUGUGGGUUUCAGCCUGGGCGCUCACGUGGCCGGAUGUGCCUCCGAGAUCCUGAAGGCGAGGAAGAUCCUGAUCGGACGAAUCACCGGUCUGGACCCUGCAUCUCCGUUCUUCAAGCACCACCUCCUCAGGGAGCGCUCCAGGAAACUGGACGUUUCAGACGCGAGGUUCGUUGACGUCAUACACACGGACGGCUCCGAAGUUUUCACCGACGGUUUUGGUCUACUCGGGCCCAUCGGCCACGUGGACUUCUUCCCCAAUGGAGGAAGGCAACAGCCAGGGUGCACCGACGUCAGGAACUCAGUCGUGGCCAGCCAUCUUAACGCCGAGUUUCUCGACAAAGGAGUGGCCUGUAGUCAUCUGAGAGCCUGGAAGUAUUUCGUGGAAAGCGUGCAACCGAGGCCUGAUCAAGAGUGCAGAUUCGUUUCUUGGCCUUGCAAAGGUGGAGCUUACGACUUCGUCCGGGGAAUGUGCUUCCCGAGGUUCGAACCAGGAACCGCAAAUCCAGUUAUGGGAUACGAUGCUGAUCAGGGACCUUUGGGAGUUCUUUACUUGCCAACGCGUUCGCGGUCACCAUUUUGUGGAGACCCUCUUCGAGCCACGGCUAUCACUUUUCCUGUUCGAAGGGACACUUUGGGUAUCCUUGUCUUCAGGAUCUUUCAUGGAAACGACUCGACGACUUUCCAGAUGAGAAGCGAGAAACGUGGCGUCGGAAGAUCUACAUUCCAUGGGAUCGCAGCGGCAGAGUUCCAAGCAAUUACAGAAAAGAGUACGUUAUUAAAUGGAAUGAUAUGGUAUAAAGCUGACGUAACGACAAAUGAGAGACCAACUGUCAAGAGGAAUCAUUCAGACAUGGUUUUACCACUGCACAAGCUCUUCGUUGAAGACAGAAGAGGCAUCAAGUGGGAGUAUCAAGGAUUAAAGACAGCAACUAUAUCUUCAGAACAGACAGAGAUACAAUUGCUGAAACAGGUUACGGAACUAUAAUUAAUAUUUAUACUUUAAUAAUAAUUUAUUACAUAUUGCCAUGGAACGUUCACGUAAUGAAGAUAAAGUAUUAUAUUGUUUGGUUGUGACGUAAAAAGAAGACCCACAACAAUGCACGUUACUAAGAAGCAAAUGUAUAUCAUAAUAAUAUUAAAAAGU